AUUGAACAAAGAUGGCGUCCAGUGUAAACAAAUGUCAGCAAAGUGUCUUUGCAGUGUGAAGAUGUCUAAAGUCCAAAUGCUGAGAUCGUUGGUGAAGCAGCGACUAACUGCGGCUGCUGAAGAGAUAUUUGGGCUGUUUGAAAGAACGAUAGCAGAGUACGAGGAGGAACUUUGUCGAUCAAAAGAGGAGAACGAGCGACAACGGAAACUACUGGACGCUGUUUUCAACCCUCAGCUUCGGUUACACAGAGCAGACGUCCAGCAGCUGUCGGUGGUUAAAGAAGAGGUUCCCCCUGAGCAGCAGGAGUGGAGCUCCAGUGUGGACCAGGAGGACCCAGAGCCUCCACACAUUAAAGAGGACCAGGAGGACCCAGAGCCUCCACACAUUAAAGAGGAACAGGAGGAACUCUGGAUCAGUCAGGAGGGAGAGCAGCUUCAAGGGCUGGAGGAGGAUGAUAUCACCUUCACAUUCGCUGUUGUCCCUUUGAAGGCUGAAGAUGAAGAGGAAGAACCUCAGUCCUCACAGCUUCAUCAAAGUCAAAUUGAGGAGAACAGAGAGGCAGAGCCUCCAGCUAGCAGCUCAGCUGAGCAGAUGGAAACUAGAGCUGAUGGAGAGGACUGUGGAGGACCAGAACCAGCCAGGAACUCAGAUCCAGAUACACAUUUACAGCCUGAGACACAUGACAAGACUGGAGAGUCCUCUGAGCCUGACACUGAUGACACUGAUGAUUGGACAGAGACCAGAGAACCUCAGUCAGGUUCAAAGUCCCUGAAAAAUGAUGAAGACCCUGUCAGUGAUUUGAGAUUUCGUGGUUGUGAGAAACCAUUCAGCUGCUCUGAGUGUGGGAAAAGAUUUGAACGCAAACUACACUUGCAGCUACAUAGGAGAACUCAUACAGGAGAAAAACCGUUCAGCUGCACUGAGUGUGGGAAAAAAUUUAGUGAACGUGGAAAUCUGAAGGCACACAUGAGAUCUCAUACAGGAGAGAAACCAUUUAAUUGCUCUGUAUGUGGAAAAACUUUUGGUGUAGGUGGAAAUCUGAAGACACAUAUGAGAACCCAUACAGGAGAGAAACCAUUCAAUUGCGCUGAGUGUGGGAAAGGAUUCAGUCAAAGUGGAUCUCUGAAGAUGCACAUGAAAACUCAUACAGGAGAAAAACCAUUUAGCUGCUCUGAGUGUGGGAAAAGAUAUAGUGAACGGCGAAAUCUGAAGGCACACAUGAGAACUCAUUCAGGAGAGAAACCACCAAGCGGCUCUGAGUGUGGGAAAAGAAAUUACAGUUGGACAGGUUCGGGGGAACACAUGAGAUCUCAUACAGGAGAAAAUACAUUGAGUUGCUCUGUGCGUGAUAAAAAAUUUUCUCGUAAGAAAGAUUUCAGUGACCACAUGAGAUUUCAUACAGGAGAGAAACCUUUUAGCUGCACUGAGUGUGGGAAAAGAUAUUGUCAGAGUGGAACACUGAGGCGACACAUGAGAUUUCACACAGGAGAGAAACCAUUUAGCUGCUCUCAGUGUGGGAAAAGAUUCUAUCGUAAGAUAGAAUUGGAGGAUCACACAAGAUAUCACACAGGAGAGAAACCUUUCAGCUGCUCGGUUUGUAAGAGGUCCUUUACAGAACGAGGAAACUUAAGGAAACACAUGAGAACCCACACAGGAGAAAGACCGUUCAACUGCUCAGUGUGCAGUAAAAGCUUCCCUCACAAACAAACCUUAAAUAAUCACAUGAGAACACACACAGGACAGAAACCUUUUAGCUGCACUGUUUGUCACCAAAGUUUCACCUGGCGUUACCAGCUCAUAAACCAUCAGUGUCGUUCCUCACAGCCUCAUCAAACUCAGACUGAGGAGAACAGAGAGACAGAGCCUCCAGCCAGCAGCUCAGCUCAACAGAUAGAAACAAGAAGCUGAUGGAACCAGCCAGGAACACAGAUCCAGAUACUCAUUUACAACCUGAGACUGAUGACAAGACUGGAGAGUCUUCUGAACUUGAGACUGAACACUGAUGAUCAUUGGAAAAACGUUUUAAGUAUGGUAAAAUAUUUGUCCACUAUUGUCUGAGAAUGCACCUGAGGAUUCAUACAUUAAGUUGUUCAGUUUUUGAUACAAUAUUCCCUUGGAAGAAGAUUUAGUCUGUAACAUGAGAUUUAGGCUCGUUCAGGAGAAACCCCUGAGAAUCUCAAUCAGGGUAAAAUUCUGAAAAAUAAAGUGUCAGUGGAGUGUAAUCUGUCAGCCUGAAUAACAUUCAUCAGGUCUUUAUCAGACGGGAAUUCACACUGAGAGAAACCAUGUAAUUGUUCAGUUUUUAAUACAAGAAUCCUUGGAAGAAAAAUUGAGACUUUCACAUGAGAUUAAGACUUCGAGAAAAACCUUUUUGCUGCUGAUUUCGUAAGACACAGUGACCACACAGGAGAGAAACCCUUCAGCUGCUCAGUGUGGGAAAAUAUUUAAAUUUAAGAUUAAUCAGGCAGUCACGUGUCAUUGGUCAUAAGUGUGUCAUCGGUAGCAGUGGCAUUAAAACUACUGCUUCAGAUGACACUGUGAGCAGUGAUGAAACUCUGGAGCAGCAGAGGGUUGAAACAGUUGUUGACAUCUUUGAAAUGAGAACAGUUUCUGCUGUAAGCAAACAACAUUUUGGGUUGGGUAUUAUUUCACUGUUAGAAUUAUGAUCCUGGUUUUUCUUGAUGUCUCAUAUUAGUUCUUCAAAACAACUCUUCUUUUAUAGAUUGAAUUGAGAAGAAUCUUAUCAACUUCAAAUCUUGCCAUUCACAGCGUUUACUGAACUGCUUUAUUUUCUUUUGAGGCAUGUGAUGAUAAUUGAAUGAUACAUUUGACCUGGUUUCUGUAGAUUUUUUAUUUUUAUACGAUCGUGUGAUGUACUUUUAUAAGCUUUACAUAUUGUGUAUAUUGAUCUGGUUUGGGCUUAUUUACAACAGUAAUGAUAGCCUUUCCUACACAGAUGCUUUUUCUAUUUUCAUUUGUAUAUGUGCACAGGUGGUGGCGCUCUUUCACAACGUUAAACUGUCUAAUAAAAUCAUAACAUUAACUUUGCCUUCAGGCAAACAAAAAAAGAGAGAAAAUAUUGCAUAUAUAGUCCAAGACUAAAACUUUUCUCUCUAAAUUAAAGCAAAGGGAAACUACUGUCAUCUUUUAAGUUUGCUUUACUGUUUUCUCAGCAAGGCUGUAGCCAUGGAGUCAACAUUGGGGAGGGGACCAAAUCUGCAUGUUGGUAUAAAUAAGCGUUGAGUGUUUCUGACUGAUAAAACUUAAUAAGGGCAACACAACAAUUUAAAGAGCUGCGUCAUUCAUUCUGUGUUUCUUUUUUUCCCACACCUUGAAAAUAUUAUACAACAACUACAACAACUCACUACUGGCAGCAGUGGUACAAAUGAACCCCCAUUACGUCCAACUCUAGUAUCCAGGUCUGAAGUCGCAAGAGUGAUCACAUCUCUCAAGUCCUCAAGAGCUACAGAUGUAUAUGGAAUGGACAAACUAAUGAUAAAAGAAAUCUAUCCAUCAAUAAUUGGCCCAUUAACACACAUCAUAAAUAUCUCACUGAGUGAGGAGAAAUUCCCAGAAUCAUGGAAACUGGCUACUGUCAUUCCCAUAUUCAAAGGUGGUGACCAUCUCCUUACCUCCAACUAUAGGCCUGUUAGCAUUUUACCCACUGUGUCAAAGGUAUACGAGAAAUUGGUCGUCAAGCAAAUCACUAAUCACCUCAAUUACAGCUCCUUCUCUCUGCAUCCAAUGCAAUUUGGAUUCAGGGCCAAUCAUUCUACAGAAAACGCAAUAUGCUACUUUAUGGAAAGGGUUAAAGCAUCAAUGGACACAGGAGGGUCAGUGGGGGCUGUUUUCCUUGACCUGCGGAAAGCAUUUGACACUGUUAACCACUCAAUUCUACUGAACAAACUCCUGAACUUCAAUCUCUCCAUGGAAUUCAUCAGCCUCAUCAAAUCCUACCUCUCAUCUCGUUCUCAAAUUGUUAGAAUUGAAAAUCGUAACUCCAACCCCUUGCAAUUAUCAACUGGUGUCCCACAAGGUUCAGUACUCGGUCCUAUUCUGUUCAGCAUGUACAUCAAUGAUUUACCAUCUGUGUGUGAUAAUUGUGAUAUAUUAAUGUAUGCUGAUGACACAGUUAUAAUUGGUCAUGGAAAAACACCAGAGGAAGUUGCAACAAAGUUAGCAGAUGCUAUGUUAUUAGUCACAGCCUGGUUUAAACUGUCCUGUCUGUAUGUUUUUCUCUAAGAAAAAAACAAACAUAAAUGUGAUGCCAGAUGUUUUCAUCUCUGGAGAGAGGGUACAGGUGGUUACAGAAUACAAAUACCUAGGACUGCAUAUAGAUUCAAACCUCAGCUUCAAAACCCACAUUACGAAAGUCAGGAACAAAGUUAAGUUCAGUUUAUCAAACUUCAGAUUCAUCAGGGACUCGUUUUCAACUGAAGCAGCCAAGAUGUACUUCUUCACAGUGGUUCUCUCCCACAUCACAUACUGUCUGACAAGUUGGUCUACUGCAAACACCACAACAAUGAAAACAAUAGAAUCAUUAUAUAAACAAGCACUUAAAAUAUUAGACAAGAAACCUUUCAGAUUUCAUCAUUGUCAUAUACUGAAUAAAUAUAAAUUUCUUAGUUGGGAAAACCUCAUUAUAUUCAAAAACAUCUGUCUGGUAUAUAAGAUCUUGCAUGGUUCAGCUCCUCCUGCUCUAUCUGGAUACGUUAAUAUCAGAUCUUCUGGUAAUAUGGGUACGAGAGGUGCAGUGAGGGGAGACUGCACAAUUCCCUUAAGAAAAACUACAUUCAGUCAUGCAGUUUUCUCCUUCAGAGCAUCACAUCAAUGGAAUUCAGUACCACAAUCAAUCAGAGUAUCUCCGUCAUAUUCAUUCAAGCGCAAUGCCAAGAAAUGGAUUGUUGAAACACAAACGUGAACACUGAUGUUUGCCUCACUAUUAUAUAGGAGUGCAUCAUGCAAUUGUGGGUCAUUGUCACUCAACGGUAUGUGUGUGCCGUACAGAAUGUUUGUCUUGUAUAUAAUGUUUAUCUUUAAUGGGUUAUUUUUUUAUAUAUAUUGGAUGUUGUAUUUUAUUGA